AUGAUUGUGAAAGGCCCACACCCAACCACAGAGCCCGGAAUUAUUUUUUUACAGACUUCCAGUGAACUAAAUCCUAAACCAUUGGUCAUGUGCAGCAUCGAAUCAGCAGCAAGACUAAAUCCAAACAAACCUGUGUAUUUCUUCAUGAAAGCAUUCACUGGGAAUGUAUCUGCGUUUUGGGAACCUGAGUACAAAGCCAUCCCUCUGCUUUCUUCAUUCAAGAACGUCAUCAUCUUGCCCUUAAAUCCUCAAGAAUUGUUCCACAACACGCCCUUGGCUGGAUGGUAUGAGAAGGUAGAUCCCAGCAAGGAAGUACAUUGGAUUCAUGUGCUCUCUGAUGGCUGCCGGCUGGUCUUGCUGUGGAAGUACGGAGGCAUCUAUCUGGACACGGAUACCAUUUCACUCAAACCCUUGGAGUUUCGAAACUUCAUUGUUGCAGAGUCAGCAAACUAUGCGAGUAACGGAAUUUUGGGAUUUAACCGUUCUCAUCCCUUUUUGGAGAACUGCCUGACUGAUUUUGUUGAGAAAUAUAAUGGAGCAGUUUGGGGCCAACAGGGUCCUACACUGAUAACCAGAAACUUGAAGAAAUGGUGUGGGACUGAUCUUCUCGAUCAAUUUCUCAACAAAGAAUGCAAAGGGAUUGGCCCAGCCAAGUACCCAGUCAUGUCCUGGCAUCAGAAGCCACCUUUCACCGGGCAUAUAGUGGAAGGGAAACCAAAAAGAAAUGUUUCACAGGGCACACAGCUGGCACGGCUUGCACCCGCUACAACACAGGGACACCCGAGGCUAGAGAAUCUAUUCACCAGUUUAAUAACAGCCAGGAAGCAGCUGACCCUGAACCUGCUGGUGCGUGUGUUCAGUCUCCACACCUUCUGCCUAAUGGAAGGAGUUGUGGGAGAUCAUUACCGGGGUGGCUCCAGGUGA